AAGAAACUCAAAGGGAGGGAACCUCUGGCUUCCUCACCCAAUGGGGGGUGAGAAGGAGACGAAGAGCAGACAGGCGAGAAAACAAUAGCGAAAAUCCUCCUGUCACUAGUUGACAGUCUGAAACCUCGGAAGAGAUUUGAUUUAAAUAAAAAAAGUCAGUAUUGUUUCUCUGAUAGACAAUAAAAGGAACUUUUGCAAUGCCGUUUACUGAAAGACCAACUAGCUAUAUUACCGUGUCAUGGCGGCGUUAGGAGUGGACUGUAGCGAGGCGUCUGAAGUAGAAGGAAAUAACUUUUCUUGUCAGAAAACGGCCGACUCAUGGAAACGUGAUAUCAUCCGCCAACUAAAACAUCGGGAUAAAUCUCAGAAGUCGAUGUUUCAGGAUGUCAUACGGUCAUAUAUCAGUCUGCUGGAGAGGACCAAUCAGCAAGCCCUCAUUACUAAAGGCAUUCUGGGAUCUGGUUCAAGGCACCUGGCAUCCUCCAGCGACUCUUUGCCGUCGCUCAUUUCCAAGAACGAUGAUCUGAAGAAAAUCACUGGCGAGCUGGCUUACCAGGUAGUAGAGCUCCAACAGGAGAUUAGGAUCAAAGACUCAGUUCUGGAAGGACAAGCUGUCAGGAUGUGUGAAGUUCAGAGGAGCCUGCAGGGCGUGCAGUCUGACUACGGCGGCCUGGCCGCACGCGUCGCCGAGGUGACGGAGGGGAACCGGCAGCUGAAACGGGAGUAUGACGCGCUUCUGGAGCGACACCAUGACAUGGACCAGACCUUCAGGGUGGAGAAGGUCAGAGGUCAGGAGCUGCUGGAGGACCUCAUUAAGAGAAAGCAGCAUGCCGCUGUUAGGAUGAACAGCCGCAACGAGAGACGAGUCAGGGCCAGAGAGGCGAGUCUUCAGAAGGAACUGGAGACUGCUGGGAAGUUGAAUGUGACCAUCAAUGUCGAGUCUGUCAGUGCUCCCGCCUCCAGAGAAGCCUCUCCCAGUAGUGAGCUGGCGGAGAAACGGAUAACUAGAAUGUUCAGGUCAGCCUCAGUAACAGCCCCUCCCAGGAUUUUAGAUUCCAUCAAAGAGCUUUUUGAAAAAAAGCGUCGGGGGAACUCGGUGUGUCUAAGUCUGCAGGAGGAUCUGUACGCCCCGGUGGGAAUCUGUGUGGCCGCGAGGGUCCCUGCAAGAGCCCUGCACGUCCUGGAUGCCCAUGAGUUGGGUAUUAAUGCUGUGAGGUUUAGCUACAGUUCUAACCUGCUGGCCACCGGAGGAACGGACAGAUCCAUUAAGCUUUGGGACGUUAAAGGAGGCAUGCUUCACAACAGAGGAACACUAGAUGGCAGUAAUGAAGGAAUAACUAGCAUUGAGUUUGACCCAACGGGCACCAGGGUUUUGGCAGGAUCAUAUGAUAAAUCAGCUCUGUUCUGGCGGCUGGACGACUCUGUUCCCAAGCUCACUCUGACAGGUCAUUCACGUAAAGUGACAGCAGCCAAGUUUAAAUGCAGCAUGCGUCAUGUGGUGACAGGAAGUGCAGACAGGACCGUCAAGAUCUGGGACCUCCACCGCGCUGCCUGUAUCCAAACAAUUGAGGUUCUAUCUUACUGCAGUGAUGUGGUGUGUUCCGAGUUCUUCAUUGUCAGUGGACACUAUGACAGAAAGAUCCGCUUUUGGGACAGCAGGGCUGCCAGCUGUACUCAGGAGGUUCCACUACCAGGCAAGGUGACAUCCCUGGACAUCUCUCCUGACCACCGCCAGCUCCUCAGCUGCUCCAGAGACGAGACUCUGCAUGUGGUCGACCUCCGCAUGAACAGCUGCAGGAUCUGCUUCAGGGCGGAGGGCUUCAAGUGCGGCUGUGAUAACACCAAGGCAAUAUUCAGUCCUGAUGGGAGCUACUUGGCAGCAGGAUCCGCUGAUGGGGCAGUCUACAUCUGGAACAUCAACACUGGCAACCUGGAGACACGGCUACCAGAGAUGCACAGUUCGUCCAUUAAUGCGGUGGCCUGGUCUGGUUCUGGGGAGUAUGUGGUCAGUGUGGACAAGAGCCGGCGUGCCGUCCUCUGGAGCGACAUCUGAACAACAGCCUGGUCGACUGGCCAGCUGAUUCUGCUUGAUCCGCAGUCCAGGCUUCGCGGUGAGACGAGGCUUCUGAACAUCGAUUGAGAUGUUGAACAUUCCACUGAGAGAACAUACAGAACAUUUUGGAUGUCAACACUCCACUGAGAGAACGUUCAGAACAUAUUGGAUAUCAACACUCCACUGAGAGAAUGUACAGAACAUAUUGGAUGUCAACACUCCACUGAGAGAACGUACAGAACAUAUUGGAUGUCAACACUCCACUGAGAGAACGUACAGAACAUAUUGGAUGUCAACACUCCACUGAGAGAACGUACAGAACAUAUUGGAUAUCAACACUCCACUGAGAGAAUGUACAGAACAUAUUGGAAAUCAACACUCCACUGAGAGAAUGUACAGAACAUAUUGGAUGUCAACACUCCACUGAGAGAACAUUCAGAACAUAUUGGAUGUCAACACUCCACUGAGAGAACGUACAGAACAUAUUGGAUAUCAACACUCCACUGAGAGAAUGUACAGAACAUAUUGGAUGUCAACACUCCACUGAGAGAACGUUCAGAACAUAUUCAUUGUUUAUCUCCCUCUUGCUACCAGUCUGAACAGAACUGACAAUGAUGGUAUCCAUUUGCAGGUCUGACACAUUCUGCUAUCUCCCUUUGUUCUGAACUGACAGUCAUAGAGGUCUGUCAGAGGGACAACAGUUUCAUAGCAUUUUGUCAUUCUCAAUAUGUGCAAGUGUUAAUUUAGUUCUCUCCAUGUUGUCGGGUGGAAAGCGGUGAUUACAGUGACAAUACGGUGAUUACAGUGAUAAUACGGCGAUUACAGUGACAAUACGGUGAUUACAGUGAUAAUACAGGUGAUUACAGUGAUAAUACAGUGAUUACAGUGAAAAUACAGUGAUUUAUAACUGUAUCUUGAUAUAAUUUCUGUCAAAACAAUGUUGGUUGUAUUUGGUGUUUUAAAGUUAUGUGCUGUCUAACCAUUUGUACUGGGGAAGGAAAAGCAUUGGUUAUGCUUGUGGAGCAACUAUUAGGACAAUUCUUUGAAGAAUAAGGAUUUAUAUCCUAAUAGCAAUGCUUUUAACGGCAGAUGUACAUAUGUAAUCAUGCUCUUUGCUGUCUUAAAGAAAGACAUUCACCUCUACCACCGUGGUAAAAGUGUUGAGAUUACAGUGUGCUGAUAGUGUAAUCUCUACCAACGUGGUAAAAAUGUUGAGAUUACAGUGUGCUGAUAGUGUAAUCUCUACCACCGUGGUAAAAGUGUUGAGAUUACAGUGUGCUGAUAGUGUAAUCUCUAUCACCGUGGUAAAAGUGUUGAGAUUACAGUGUGCUGAUAGUGUAAUCUCUACCACCGUGGUAAAAGUGUUGAGAUUACAGUGUGCUGAUAGUGUAAUCUCUACCACCGUGGUAAAAGUGUUGAGAUUACAGUGUGCUGAUAGUGUAAUCUCUACCACUGUCGUAAACGUGUUGAAAUUACACAGUGCUCAUAGUGUAAUCUGUGUUUUAUUAUCAAUUGAAGCUGCAUAACAUAUGAAGCGGCUGAAGGGAAUAUGGCUACCCUGAGUAUAGAAUAGGGUUAUUCUGAGGGUUCUAAAGGGAAUAAGGUUGUCUUGAGGGUUCUAACGGGAAUAUGGUUAUCCUGAGGGUUCUAAAGGGAAUAGGGCUGUCCUGAGGAUUCUAAUGGGAAUAGGGUUAUCCUGAGGGUUCUAAUGGGAAUGGGGUUAUCCUGAGUGUUCUAAAGGGAAUAUGGCUAUCUUGAGGAUUCUGAAGGGGAAUUGGGUUAUCCUGAGUGUUCUUAAGGCAGUAGGGUAAUCCUGAGGGUUCUAAAGGUAAUAGGGUUAUCUUGAGGCUUCUAAAUAGAAUAGGGUUAUCCAGAGGGUUCUAAAUGGAAUAUGGUUAAUUUGAGGGUUCUAAAGGGAAUAGCGUUAUCCUGAGGGUUCUAAAGAUAAUAGUGUUAUCCAGAGGGUUCUAAAGGUAAUAGGGUUAUUUUGAGGGUUCUAAAUGGAAUAUGGUUAUCCUGAGGGUUCUAAAGGGAAUAGGGUUAUCCUGAGGGUUCUAAAUGGAAUAGGGUUAUCUUGAGGUUUCUAAAGGGAAUAGGGUUACCAGAUGGUUCUAAUGGGAAUAGGGUUAUCUUGAGGGUUCUAAAGGGAAUAUGGUUAUCCUGAGGGUUCUAAAGGGAAUAGGGUUAUCCUGAGGGUUCUCAAGGGAAUAGGGUUACCCUGGUGGUUCUAAUUGGAAUUGGGUUAUCUUGAGGGUUCUAAAGGGAAUAGGGUUAUCAAGGGAAGCCAAUCAGCAUCUAGGAUCUGACCAAGCUGACCAAUUUAGUAUGGCUGCAUUUAUUACCAGCAUCUUUUUUUUUUAAAUAACUGGUCAAAAGACCAGUUAGAUCAGAUGUGGUUGGUCAAAAGACCAGUUUGGUCAGCUGUGGUUGGUCAAAAGACCAGUUACAUCAGCUGUGCUUAGUCAAAAGAACAGUUAGAUUAGCUGUAAUCGGUCAAAAGACCAGUUAGAUCAGCUGUGGUUGGUCAGAAGACCAGUUUGUUUAACGACCGUAAAAUUGGGAUGCAUCUAAUCACAACCUAGUGUGGAUGUCUCCUAAAUCCACAGUGGACAGAGGGAGAAGACCAGGAGAGGGUGUGCGUGCAUGUGUGCGUGCACGCGCGCGCGCAUGUGAGAGUGAGAGAAUCUAGACGGUUACGUUGUGUGUUGCUAUGUGAGGGUAUGUACAGUAUAUGCUAUGUUAUGUUUUUUAUUUGUCUGAUCUGAUCUAUUCUAUUGGUGUUCGUACAGUACAGCGUUAUGGACUAAAUGGGAGUAUGAAUGAGUUCAAACCUAAUCGUUUAUUUUUUGCGCUGUACCACUGCUGGGAAAGGUUUACUUUUUGUAAAUUUUACAAAGAAUAAAAUUGAACUAAUUUUU